AGAGGAAUCAUGCGAAACACAAUGGGACGAGAUGUUUAAGAAGUUACACUCAUCGUUUGCCUAACUUCAUCUACUUAACUACAUACGGCAUCCAUUCAUACUUAAAAGUCUUUCAUUUAACUAUUCAAAGUCUGUUAGAAUGUGUACUUCUUGAGAUAUAAGCUGCUUUCUUUUUCGACCAGUCGAAAGUUGGAUUAGUGUGAUCAGAGUUUGUAGACAGAAGUAAUGGCGAUAGCGCAUGCCGCUACGGAGUAUGUGUUCACGGAUUUCGUGCUUAAGGAGUCCGCGUCAGAGAACCGGUAUAAGGGCAUUCGGUUAGAUCUGGCGCUGGAUAAGAUGGUCACCUGUAUCGCGGUCGGUCUGCCGCUUCUUCUCAUUUCUCUUGCCUUCGCCCAGGAAGUGUCUGUCGGUACGCAGAUUAGCUGUUUCUCCCCCACAAAGUUCUCGUGGCGUCAGGCUGGUUAUGUGGAUUCAUAUUGCUGGGCGGCCGUACAAACACAGGACACAGGAGGCCUGCCACUGUGGCUGCAUAAGUUUUUCCCUUAUAUCCUGUUGCUGGUGGCAGUAUCGGUGUACGUGCCAGGGUUGUUUUGGCGGUUCACGGGAGCCCCUGUGCUUUCUUCUGAUCUGACUUUUAUAAUGGAAGAACUGGACCGUUCCUACAACAGAGCAAUCAAACUGGCCAAACGCCUUCACACUUCAGGAGCACUGGACUCUCAGUCUGCCCGGGUGGACUCUCACAGCUCUGUGCUGGACCUUACCGAAAGCUGUUUUAGAUAUCCUCUGGUGGAACAGUAUUUGAAGACCAAACGCUUCUCUCGUGGACUACUGGUCCAAUACCUCUUGUGCCGCGGAGUCACAUUCUUGGCCCUCAUAUUAGCCUGCGUCUACCUUUGCUAUUACAUCCGCCUCUCCAUCACGGAUGAGUUUCAGUGUGACAUCCGGUCUGGAGUGGUUAUUAAUGACUCCUCAGUACCACCAGCCAUGCAGUGCAAGUUAGUUGCAGUGGGCAUCUUCCAGCUACUGAGCUACAUCAACCUGUUUGUUUAUUUGCUGCUGUUGCCAUUGUGCUUGUACGCCAUGUUGGUUCCAUUCAGAAGGACCACAGGAUUCUUGAAGCCCUACGAGAUGCUGCCCACGAUAGGGGUAAUGCAGUUUGGGAGACUGGCCUGGGAUGAUCUUGCUCUAUAUUUGCUGUUUCUGGAGGAGAACUUGAGUGAGCUGAAGAGUUACAAGUGCCUAAAGGUGUUAGAGCUGUUGAAGGAGGAUGGAGAAGAGUCAUUCGACAUCAUGCUGUUGUUACAGACUCUUGGACAGGUAAAAACAGACAUGGUGGAUAGCAGAUUGCCUAAAGACGGGAAAACCUCAAACAUCAACAUCAAUGGCACAGAGAUGAAAGAGGUUUCUCCGCUUCUUCAGGAGAACAGCUUGAGAAAGUGUGAAGAUGAGAAAGUUAUGCGCCAGAGGGUGAUCUGAAUUGCUGUUUCUAUGGUGACCACACUGCCAGCGUCUUGCUGAGGCUCCCAACAUCUGAAAAAUAUGGAGGAAUACAUUUGGGGUGGGGACUCUCCCCCUUGCAGUUUCUCUGCAAUAAAUUCAUAAAGUUUUUUUCUCAGGACACAUCCUUUACUAUGUACUACUAAAGAAUGUGUGCACAGCUGAGCUCCCAGAACUUGGCUUUAAGUGCCUUUUGCACAAUUUUUUUUUCUCAUUUGAAAUAUUGAUGUUGUGAAGCUUAAACUCACAUGUACCAAAAUAACAAUCAAGGUUAGGAAUUUGUAUAGAGGAUGGCCAUCAGAUGUGAUACAACAUGAUGAUGCAAUCAAAUUCUGUUGUGUGGUUUAAUAUUACUUAUAUUAUUUUUUUGUAGCAGAGAGUUUUAUUUUUUAAACUCAGUUUUGUGGUACCUUUUAAUAGUAACUUUGCACUGAAGAAAAUGUCUGGCUUUAACAGGGAUUCUGUUAUCACCAUAGUAAGUAACAGCAACAUUUGCUGAUUUUGUCGGUCUGAAAUAAUGAAAGAAUUGUUAUAAAUUGAAAGAAAAGUGUGGGCAAGCACCUACAGAAUGCCACAUUGAUUUGGAUUUUUAAAACUGAAUGUCAUGCAUAUGGAAAAACAAAAUGGAAGCGAUUCCCUGAUGCAGUUGUAUAUGCUUAUAAUAGACAUAAAUCAAUAGUACAUGAGUCCAUGAAGGCUCAGUUGUCAUGGCAAUGUAGGACUGUGUCAGUGUUGUCCUAUCUACUGAUGUUGAUACAAUAUUGCAAUUGUAUUUAUAAACUGUUUUUCCCAUUUUCAUGUGUUUGUACAUUAUUUUGAAUUUUUAUUUUGAGGGGAAUCAGAGGCUCAGAACUUUUCACUCGAGAGAAACAUUGCAGUUACUGUAACGGGGGAUUCAAAUGGGAAAGGAGGAGGUGGGAACCGGACUAGCCAUCAAAGUAAUAUUUUAAUUAAAACUUAAAAGACACACACACACACACACACACACACACACACACGGCAGCUGCAUGUGUGUCUCUCUCUCCCAAACUGCUGCAUCCGGCUGCCUUUAUCCCUCUCCUCAGCUGAUUAGCCCGAUUGGGGCCGCCCUCCUCGUCACACAGACAAAAGUUGUAUGUUUGCUCGCAUGGAUUUGAAGGCAUCGUAGAAAAAGUGGUAGUGCCUUAUGCAUUUGUAAGGAGGGUAAAAGAUAUGCUGUCACGCUUGUAUUUACAGGUUAAUUCAGGACAAGUGAUAUUUGGCCCUGAGCAGACAACUUUACAAAUCCUUCCAUGUACUUUCUCCAUCUGUGCUUGAAUGUGGAUUCACAAGGCUUAGGUUCACCAGUGUUAGUUGUCAGUUUGUGUUUUAACUGUUGUAUACAACAAAAUGGGAACUGCAUUAGAAGAUUGAUGUCAUGUAAAACAGUGAAAAAAAUUGUGGGAAAUGCUACAUCUGCUGUCUCAUGUAGUGCAGAGAUUGAUAUUGUCAUUUUGUUAGUAUUCAUGAUUUUUUGCAUAUUUCUUUCCAGAGAUACCUAAAAAUUGUUGUGCUUUGUAUCUCUCUCUGUUCUCUGAAAGUAAAGUGCACUGAUUUUACACUU